CCUUCCCUUCCUCCCUCCCUCAACCGGUGCCCGCCUUCCAAUCCGCGCCCGCCCGCCUGCCAGUCAGUCCCGGGGAGGGCAGGGAGCGCGCGCGCCUGCCUCUUGCUGCACCCAGUAGUUCUGCAGCCCAGCCUGGAGAGGCAGGGAGAAAGGGACAGGGAGGCAGCGCAGACAGAGCAGAGCAGACAGAUCGCGCCGCCGCCGCCGCUGCCGCCGCGAUCGCAAAGAGUGCUUCCUCUCCCCACGACCCAUCUUCCUUUCCCCCUCCCCGAGAGCACCGAUUUUCAAAGCGGAGGAAGACAGAGCGAGCUAGAGGCAGGUCGACCUUUGAAAGGCUAGAAAGGAAAGGGGGGGAGAACAACAAUGGAGGUGCCUCGCCUGGAUCAUCAUAUGAGCAGCCCCACCAGUCCCUGCGAGGAUGUCAUCAAGAACCUUAGCUUGGAGGCCAUCCAGCUCUGCGAUAGGGAUGGGAAUAAAUCACAAGAUAGUGGAAUUGCAGAAAUGGAAGAGCUUCCAGUUCCACACAACAUCAAGAUCAGCAACAUCACCUGCGAUUCCUUCAAGAUUUCAUGGGAUAUGGAUUCCAAAUCCAAGGAGCGCAUUACCCACUACUUCAUUGAUCUAAAUAAGAAAGAGAACAAGAAUUCUAACAAAUUUAAGCACAAGGAUGUGCCCACGAAACUAGUGGCAAAAGCCGUUCCCCUGCCUAUGACAGUCCGUGGACAUUGGUUCCUGAGCCCAAGAACUGAAUACACAGUCGCUGUACAGACUGCCUCAAAGCAAGUUGAUGGCGAUUAUAUGGUUUCAGAAUGGAGUGAAAUCAUUGAAUUCUGCACAGCAGAUUAUUCAAAGGUUCAUUUAACACAACUUUUGGAAAAAGCAGAAGUGAUUGCAGGACGCAUGCUUAAAUUUUCGGUCUUUUAUCGGAACCAGCACAAAGAGUAUUUUGACUACAUCAGAGAGCAGCACGGAGGUAUUCUGCAACCUUCAGUCAAGGAUAACAGUGGGAGCCAUGGCUCUCCCAUUAGUGGGAAGCUGGAGGGUAUCUUCUUUAGCUGCAAUACUGAAUUCAACACUGGAAAGCCCCCACAAGAUUCACCAUAUGGAAGAUACAGGUUUGAGAUUGCAGCAGAAAAACUUUGCAACCCAAAUACUAACUUGUACUUUGGAGACUUCUACUGCAUGUACACAGCUUACCACUAUGUCAUCCUCGUCCUCGCACCUGUUGGAUCUCCGGGAGAUGAAUUCUGUAAGCAGCGCCUCCCUCAGCUGAACUUGCAGGAUAACAAAUUUCUGACCUGCACUGAAGAAGAUGGAGUCAUGAUUUACCACCAUGCACAAGAUGUAAUCUUGGAAGUGAUUUACACUGACCCUGUGGAUCUCUCCCUUGGCACAGUUGCAGAAAUUACUGGUCAUCAGCUAAUGAGCUUGUCAACCGCCAAUGCUAAGAAAGAUCCCAGCUGCAAGACAUGUAACAUCAGUGUUGGACGUUAAUUUUAAUUCUUCCCCUUCCUUUGGAGCCUUCUCUGUUGCCUAUUCCCAUUGUCAGCCGUUCUCAUCAGACGCAUGCAUAAUGCUGUUCUUACCAAAUGCAAACACCAGUGAUCAAAAUUCUUCAACAGUAUUCUCUGAGCAGAACUUCAUGGUACCCCACUGCUGCCAAAACCUGCACUCUCUGCCAAAUUCCCUUCUCUCUUACAUUCAGGGUAGGCAACUUACCCUGUUGUGGUGGUAUCUAUGUAUUUGUGUGUUUCUCUUUCAAAAUACCUGGCUAAGAGUGGUGGAGAACACAGGGCACAACUGUACACAGUUACACAUCUAAACUACGGAGAGAGGUGGCAGAGAGACUGCAGACUCAAUAUGGACAUAGUAUUAGGCACAGCAGCCCUGAAUCUGUGGUAGCAUGAAGUUCUGCUCUUUGUAUUUCUUCCCAUCUUUCUUCCUUUUUGGUCACCAGUGCUUUCAACUGUUAGAAAUCUUGGAUUUUUCUUUCUAGAAAACAUUUAUAUGUCUAGAUGCUGCAAUUGGUGUUAAAUUUUCUUUCUUCCCCACCCCUCUUCAUAUUGCCAAAUGUAACAAAUCUAUAUAAACAAGCUUUAGCAAAAUAAAAACUACUGGCUUCUAAAUGGUGUUUAAAUAUGCAUUCAUUUUAAUCUACUGAACAACUUAACUGGGAUAUCGCCAAACAGCAUGAAAGGGUGUAAUUGCAGCAUGAUUUAACUCUUGCAGCCUAGGAAAAUGUCAGCACUUCCAAUGUGUUGUUUGACAGUGUUAUUUAUGUUAUUUAUAUUAGCUAACAAACCAACCAACCCUGUGUUUCAACAUAAUAAAUAGAAAAAUAUUUUAUUUGUACUGUUGUAUAAAAUAUUAUACAAUCAUAUAGAAUAUAUAGAUUACAUUUUAAUAGCAACUGUAUACAUAUGUCAUGAAACCAUUUUCCCUUAUCAAAGAUGUAGUUUGUAAACUUCAAAUACUUGUGUAUCUGUUCCUGUUGCUCUUAAUAUAACUUUUAAUUAAAACAGAUUUAUGAAGGAGACCAUUCUGAUUCAGUUAUAAAUGAUCAAGCUAAUUACACAGAAACAUCAGACAUCAUAGGGAAAAAACUGACUUGACUUCAUAGUGCGACAUGAUCUCCCAAAGUGUUGGAAUAUUUUUUUCCUUUUUUUAAAAAAAUCAUGCUUCAGCUUUAGAUACAGCAGAAAUACAAACGGGUUGGUGGGUAAAUAGGCUUCAUAAAAUGAACAGCAUCAUUAUUACUAUAGCAGAAAGAGCUGAGAUACAAUCCCUUGUAUUUUCUGUCCAGCUCUGGACUAUGGGAAGAUCCCCACAAGCUUCUGCUGAAACCCCCCUGCUGGCCUUCACAGUACAGUAGUCAAAUCAGUUGGAGACCACACAACAUGGUUUGUGUUCCCAAAGACAAGAGGCCUUCUCAUACUUCCUAUGCAGUUACCAAGUGGGUGGGACACAUACCUCUUUGCCUAUGGAUUUCCCUCUUUACAGAUGAACCAGAGCUGUAAGACUAAGGAUUAUGCCUCUGUUUUUUGUGCUGAUUAAUACAAAAGGACAAAACGAAACCAAGAAACACCAGAGACAAUAUAUAUAUAUCCAUCUGGAGCACUUCAUAAAUAUUUGACAGUGAACCUCUGUUUUCUGCCAAACAAUGCAACCCUGCUGACUGUCCAGCUCCCACUAAACCAUGCUCCAUUCUGAACUGAUCUAUUGCAAAUUACAAGAACAGUCUCUAUUAUAAAAUGUGUACUCUGCACCAUCAGAGUGAGGAAAAUAUUCAUGUUUAUAGUCUAUCUUAGACAUAACCAAAAAAAGAAAAAUCCAGCCUUCUUCAGUUCACAACCAUAACACUUAGUUUAAAUAUUCUGCAUACAUUGAUCUAUCCAAAAUAUCAUAAUGCAAUAAACUAUCAUCACUAUUUUAUUAAACUAUCUUGGCAAUCAUCACGCAGGAAAUAUGAAGAUCAUACAAAGUGCAUGCUUUCAAAACGAGCUUUGGUAGUUAGAAAAAACAAAUUGUAUAGCAUUGGGCUAAGGAAAUGUACUACAUAAAUAAAAAUUGGCCUCCAUUAAUUUUUGCUUCAUUUUUGGCUACUUUCGACCACAUACAGGCAGUUUGUUUAAGAAGCUGAUGGAGGAGUUUUGCAAUGUCUUACUGCCUACUACCUGCUCCUCCUGGCUUAAGCUUUCCCUCACAUGCCAUUUUUAUCUUCAUAUUCUUCCUAGAAAGAUGUUCUUUUUUCUAGCAUAAAAUUAUUUUGGCCACGUUGUAUCUGCUGCAGUAUUAUCUUAAACUAAGGUAAGGUGGUUGAAUGCUAUCAUCCAGAAUCUCCAACCAUCGGCCACACUGGCUAGAAACUCUGGGACCUUUGUUCCAACAACAUCUGGAAACCAUAUAUGAGCUAGCAUACCAUGGCUGAUUACAUAUUACGAUUGGCAUCCUAUCACAUCUAAUUUUGUUAGCUCACUUGGAAUACGAGUAAUCAGAAAGGGGCAGACACACUCUCCACCCAAAUGGGAAGUGUUAUAUUUUAGCACACAUGAUGUAUAUAUACCAGGAAAGCCCAGAGUAAUUGAUUUUAAAUAUUCUUUUUAGGGAAUCUUUUCUAUAUCAACAUCCACUGAAGAGAAAACUCUGGAAUAAUUUCUAAAGUCAGCUGCUAGCUCAUCUUCUGUGUUGAGCAAGCAAAAACUGCAACUACAUCCUUACAUAUACCCCUCAUUUCUCCAUGGCUGCAUACUGUUAGCAAGAUUUAAAACGUGCAUUUUUUUUCCUCUUUUCUUGGAUGCUUAGUUGACAUUACUGAGCCUGCUGACAAGCUUGGAAUAACCUCUUUUUAAAAAGAAUAAAAACACCAGUACUACCUGAAACAAUGUGAACCCAAAUACUACAUGUCCUAAUUUUUUUAAUGGCAUUAAUUAAGACAGAGAUAAUGGAAAGCCCUUGGUUGAUGUUACCUUUUUGAUUCAGUAAAUUCUAUUUCAUGAGCUGUUAUUGAAGGCCAAGCCACACAAGAUCCUCAUCUCCCAAUCAGAAGUUGAUAAACUUUCAGUGAUGAGAAUUCCUCAGAGUCCAUGCCACGGCAAUCACACAUGCAAGGAAGCACUUUUACCUCCCAAGGACCUCCCAUCACAAAAUCAAGUAAUUUGCAAGGGUUUGGUGGUAAGAAAAGCCAGAGCUAAGACAAACAGAGAAUUAGAACUUAAGGGAUCUAUCUUUCUGUAUGUGGAGCUGAGCAUAUCAUAUAGUUUAAUUCAGUGGCAGUUAGCUCAUAACCUCAGUGGAUGCAAUGAUUCGGCAGCCCUUGAGAAAGCAGGAUGUUUGAGAAAUUGAAAGACAGGCUGUGAGCAGCAGCAUUCUGGUGAAAAAAGCAAUUUGCUAAACUAGGUUUUUAUUAAAAAUGUUUGCAGAUUUUUUUAAAAAACAUUACUGCAGCAAGGUAAGGGUAACAUGCAACAUUACUUGCAUGCAGUACAGAUCAUCAUACCUGUGUCUUAAAUCCAUUCUGGCACCACUUCUGGGUAGACAGACCAUUUGUCUCUAUCAAGUCAGUUUUCAUUCCUAAGACAAGUUUGUACUGGGAGUAAAAUGGACAUAACUAGGGCUGUGCCAAGAAGGUUCUAGUUUUAAUAUUUGCUCCAAAGGCCAGAAAAAAUGAUGAAAUGCAUACUGUUUGGUCCUGCUCUAUUCCACGUCAUUUUGUUCAUCUUGCUCAUGGUGCCUUUGCUUUCAUUUGCUCCCUAGCCAUUUAACCCUACGGGUUGUGACAGCUUGUGGGAUUUCAUUUUGCUAUCAUGGCAGAAGUAGCAUCCUGAUAUCCUCAGCAAAAGCAUGUGUGUUGCAACAGCCAGUAGAAUUAAAUAACAGCAUGGACAAAUGAGGCUAAAGGAAAAGAAGAAAGAAAACAGAAAUAAGAACACAGUAGAAACGGCAUUUUUUCACAGUGAGUGCAUGCCAUCAACACAAAUGGGAUGCCCUCACAGAAAUGCCAAGGAAGCAAAGUAAUUUUGACUUGGCUUUUGUUAAGAUUCGUAAAAGGAAAUUGUGUGCCAGCAUAUAGAAGAACCCUGUACCUGAUACCCAUUUUUUUCUGCAUGCAGGAACUUCCUGCUGCAG